AUGGACACUGGCGACCGCAUGUUAUGCCAUGCCUGUGGCGGGAUUGAAAUCCCCCCAGAAAUAUCUCCCGAAGGCUCCCCCUCACGCCGUGCGGACUCCGUAUCGCCUUCGCGUGUUAGCCCAUGGUUAGACCACAAUCCGUGGGAACAAGACACGCAAGAACAGCAAGGCCCUGGGCUUUUCGGAAGGGCUACUCCUCCAUUUUCCUCCUUGCGCACAUACAGAUCGCCGGACGGUCGCUUCUCAUUCAGCAGCGCGACACUUGAGACCGGAAGGCCUUCUGGUCAGCGCAACGAUGGCCCGAACCCUAUGGUUCCGAUGAUGAUGCACGGCUUUGACACAAUUUUUCAAAAUUUAAUGGAGCCAAAUGCCCGUGGAUACAGGGGAUUUGGAGAGGACCCCUUCCAUCCUCAAUCCUCUACCGCUCCCGACUGGCUCGAGGACGACCACCUUACAGGCCAUCACCCAGGCCUCUCUCCCCGCAAUGCAGAUGCGCCGCAACCUGUCAACCGCAACCCGACAGACAUAAAUGAAAUCAUGGACGCCAUUCGUGCUGAUAUUGGAGUACAAACUACACGACGCUCGCGUGGAGGUCGUAACCCGGCAAGCCCACACGCUCUUUCGAUAUUGUCUGCCCUUCUCAACAUGAGUCGAAGCGGGGAUGCAGUCUAUUCGCAGGAGGAGCUCGACCGAGUCAUCACACAACUGGUUGAUAAUCCUGGAGGGCCUAGCACUGCGGCACCGCCAGCAUCUGAUGCUGCCGUCCAAGCUUUGCCGAAGAAGAAGAUCACCGAAGAGAUGAUGGGAUCUGAAGGAAAGGCACGGUCGAUCCUCAUUAUCUUCUUCAUUGCAGAGUCGGCUUUCCACUCGAAUGUCACCACCCGGGUCCCCUACGCCAGAGGGAGGGGAAUCCAGAAACCGUCGGUCUAG